AUGGGAAAUAGGCGAUCUGGUUCCAAAGUAGGCAAGGUCCUUAGGAAGUUAACCUACAUAGCUGAGUUUGACAAGAUGUUUGACGGCAUCAAUUGCUCAAGUGAGUUAAGGGUGAAUAAUGGUGCUUAUUAUCUAACGGAGGAAGCUGACUUGUGGUGGACCCAAAGGAAGGAUGAGUUGUUGAAGAGGCCUAACUUUGGGUGGGAUGAGUUUAAGGAAGCCUUGAGGGAGAAGUUUUACCCCUUCUACCUGAGAAAGAAGAAGUGUAUGGAGUUUACCAACCUGAUAAUAGGGAACAUGAAUAUCAGUGAGUACUACAACAGGUUCAUUGAGUUAAUGAGAUUUGCCCCGGAAGUAGUUCCCACUAAAACCUUGAAAGCUCAGAGAUUUGAUCAAGGCCUAACCUUAACCCUCCAAGGGAAUCUAGGGGGAGUUACUUUUGAGACCCUAGAUGAAGUCUAUGGCUGUGCAACCCACUUGUACAGAAUCAAGGGGAGAGAGAUGGAGCAUUCUGGAGAGAAAAGGAAGAGACGGAAUUCUUUUCUCGGGGGUGAAAAGAGGCAUAAGCCCAAUGGAGAUAAGAGGGAAAACAAAGGGAAUUUUGGGAAAAGAAAUGAUAGACAGGAAACCAAUGUUCGAGGAAAUGGAGAUCAAGAAAACAGUGAGAAACCUAAGAGACUGUAUUUUUAUAGAAGGUGUGAGAAGAACCACCCUGGGAAAGACUGUGAAAGUAACCCGGUGACUUGUCAUUAUUGUCAAAAGCAGGGACACCGUGAAUAUGAGUGCUUCAAGAUGGAAUAUGAUGUCAAGGCAUGGAAAAUUCAAGAGAGUCGUAAGAACCCAUUCAAGCCACCUCAGUCUAAUGGACCACAAAUUGGAACUAGUAGCAAUGGAGGAAAUGUUCCUCAGAGAAUUUUUAUUGGUUCAAGCUUUUUGAAUCCUUCUAUGCGACCCUCAAAAGUAGAAUUAUAA